UUUACAUCAUUCAUCAGCAGGCAAGGACUCAGUUUAUUUAUUUGUGCCUGAUUUAAUCCAAGCCUUUGAUCUUUUUGUCCAGAAGUAGUUUGAUGAAGAUGUUGCAGCGGUGAAGCAUAAAACCCAAACGUUACGUCAAGAGAAUGAGGAGGAUUUAAGUGAAUAUGUGCAGAAAGAAUAAAACCAUCUAAGGUUAGUUACUCCCACCUUCAUGCGGAAUAAACCAACCUUCAUAUAAUCCACCCACACAAACUCCACAUUCAGUCUGGAUUACCUGCUCAAAAUAAAAAAUAAAAACCUUAGAUAAGAGAGAGAUUCUGUAAAUCUGUGGGUGGGCAGUUCACACGGGGCAACCUCACAUCACAAUUCCCCCUCAGUCCACCUCCCUUCUCCCUAUCUGCGUCUCCAUCGGCUCCUCUUUCAGCUGAUGGAGCUUAUUGUGAACAAAUAGGCUUAGGAGCGUCACUAUGGCAACGGCGAAUCGCAAAAAGCUACAUAAGCACUUCCAUCAGGGGCCGUGAUCCAAUGGCUCCCCUCGGAGACGGUGCCCUCAACCUCCUGCAACAAGUAGAGGCAGGACGAGGAGGCUCCUGGGAGGAGGAGGAGGAGGAGAGAAGAGGAGGCUACUCUUUAUCCAAUAAGCUUUCUGAUGUCUGAGGACUUGUGUCAUUUUGUUCUGCUUUGAUUUGUUUUUUGUUUUUUUUAUAUUUUAUUUUUAUUUGUUGGCGGAACACUAAAAGGAGAGGAGGACAAAGGUCAUGGCCUCCUGGUUCAGCUGGAACGAGCCACACUACCGGAGCCCCCGGAAGGACCCGGCAGAUGUCGUCACCGACACACUGAUGCUGGAGCUCAGCUGGCAGAUGAAGGAGACGGAGAGGCAGCAGCGGGAGAGGGACAGCGAAUACCGCCGCCUGAAGACCGGCGUGGAUUACAGCUGGCUGGCGAGCACGCCGCGCUCCUCCUUCAACAUCAGCACCGGGGAGAGGCUGGCGCUGGAGGACCUGUGCGCCAAGGUGCCCCCGCCCUGCUGCGGCCUGGUCAUCCUCAAGUUUAGAGACGCCCUGCAGUCCAACGAGCCGGAGGUGCACGAGGUGUCGGGUCUUUUCCGCUCCGUCCUCCUGGAGGCUCUGGAGCACCUGAAGGAGGAGCGGGAGGCGCAGCGGCUGGCCCGCCAGUGGAACAACAAGCGCGCCAUGAGCAUGAACUUCAAGUCCCGGAUCAAGAUCAACCCGUUCGGCAGCACGGUGGGCCUCACCUCCGCCGUGGCCAACGGGGCGGGGCUGAGCGACCUGAAGACCGUGUCGGAGGACGUGGAGAAGGGGAUGGAGACCGAGGAGCGGCUGCAGAGGGUCUGGAGCGUGCCCGACUUCAGAUACAAGGGAGGCAGCGGCAGCAAGGUCGUCUGAGGCCAGGCGUUCCAGGAUGGAGGACUUUUCAGUGGAGCCAUAAACCUCCAGGACUCAGACAGGAAGUCCACUCUGAACCGGGUCAAGGAAAGAUUUUCACUUCAGUACCACUGCAGCCCAUUUUACCUGACAGGCUAACAGCAGGGGCGGUUUCCAGCACUUGAAACAGUUUUACAUGUUGCCUGAGAUUAUCUUACACAAAGCUUUUUCUUAUUUUGUAGAAAUGUUUUGCUUAAACGCUUUGAUGGCUACUUUCUUUAGCCUUAUAGGAGUUAUUUGAGAUUUAAAGCUUUUUUUGUUGUUGCAGAAAAACUAUUAGUGACCCAUCAUAUCGAAAUGAGGAUUAAGUCAAAUUUGGU